AAAGUGGGAAUCGAGGAGGGGAAGCUCUGGGUAGUAGGAGUUGGAGUAGGGGGAGAGAGAGAGAGUGAUUAAGAGCCAGACGUGACAAGGGUGUGAACUAGUGCGGAGCGAGAUGAGCUGAAGGACCGGCGAGGACUGCUGGUAAGGCUCUGAGAAAGGAAUCUUGGAUUCGUUUCCACCUUGCAUAGCUUUUGAUUUGACUUUCACGUCCACUUUGAAACCAUGAGACCCAUUUUGAUUAGAUUUUGUGCCUCUGUGACGGUUUACAGAGUCCAGCCUGCAUGCUGAAAUUCCCUGCUUCUCUCUGGUAAUAGAGAAGAAGAGACCUGGCAGAUGGCUGUGGAGUAGUAUGGAAGAAGACAGAAAGAACUUGUUUAAUGGGUUAAGAGCGUGGCAACCUCUCUAAGACAUGGAUAGAUGCAAACAUGUAGGGCGGUUACGGCUCGCCCAGGACCACUCCAUCCUGAACCCUCAGAAGUGGCGGUGCCUGGAGUGCGCCACCACAGAGUCCGUGUGGGCUUGUCUCAAGUGCUCCCACGUGGCCUGUGGCCACUACAUCGAAGACCACGCCCGAAAACACUUCAAGGAGACGGGACACCCUCUCGCCAUGGAAGUACGGGACCUGUACGUGUUCUGUUACCUGUGCGAGGACUAUGUGCUCAAUGACAACCCGGAGGGGGACCUGAAGCUGCUGACAAGCUCCCUCCUGGCGGUCCGCGGCCAGGAGCAGGAUCCGCCGGUGCGACGCGGACGGACGCUGCGGUCCAUGGCUGCGGGCGAGGACGUGGUCCCGCCACAGCGCGCACCUCAGGGACAGCCGCAGAUGCUCACGGCUCUGUGGUACCGGCGCCAGCGCCUGCUGGCCAAGACCCUGCGGCUGUGGUUCGAGAAAAGCUCCCGGGGCCGGGCAAAGCUGGAGCAGCGGCGGCAAGAGGAAGCACUGGAGCGCAAGAAGGAGGAGGCGCGGCAGCGGCGGCGUGAGGUCAAGCGACGGCUGCUGGAGGAACUGGCCAGCGCCCCUCCGCGCAAGAGCGCACGCCUGCUCCUGCACACGCCACGCGCCACCAGCGGCUCCGCAGCCCUGCCUACCUCACGCCGCGUGACCCCUGCCUCCACGGCGCUCAAGCCGCGUCGCCAGCCAGCAGUGGCCCCGGGCGUCACGGGCCUGCGCAACCUGGGCAAUACGUGCUACAUGAACUCCAUUCUACAGGUGCUCAGCCACCUCCAGAAGUUCCGAGAAUGUUUCCUGAACCUCGACCCUUCCACAACAGAGCACCUGUUUCCCCGAGCCACCAACGGGAGGACUCAGCUCUCAGGCAAGCCGGUCAGCAACUCAGCCACUGAGCUGUCAGCGCGCAGCCACAGAGCCGAGGCAUGUCAGCGGGAGGGCAUCUGCUGGAACGGUGGCUCGUCCAUCAGCCGAAGCCUGGAACUCAUCCAGAACAAGGAGCCCAGCUCGAAGCACAUCUCCCUCUGCCACGAACUGCACACUCUCUUCCGAGUCAUGUGGUCGGGGAAGUGGGCCCUGGUGUCACCCUUCGCCAUGCUGCACUCGGUGUGGAGCCUGAUCCCCGCCUUCCGUGGCUACGACCAGCAGGAUGCACAGGAAUUUCUCUGUGAGCUGCUGCACAAAGUGCAGCAGGAGCUGGAAUCGGAGGGCGCUGCGCGCCGGAUCCUCAUCCCCUUCUCCCAGCGGAAGCUCACCAAACAGGUCUUAAAGGUGGUGAACACUAUAUUUCACGGGCAGCUGCUCAGUCAGGUCACUUGUGUAUCAUGUAAUUACAAAUCCAAUACCAUUGAGCCCUUUUGGGAUCUAUCCCUGGAAUUUCCAGAGCGCUAUCACUGCAUGGAAAAGGGAUUUGUCCCUCUGAAUCAGACGGAGUGCCUGCUCACCGAGAUGCUGGCCAAGUUUACAGAGACAGAGGCUCUGGAAGGGAGAAUCUACGCUUGUGACCAGUGUAACAGCAAACGACGAAAAUCCAAUCCAAAACCCCUUGUUCUGAGUGAAGCUAGAAAGCAGCUAAUGAUCUACAGACUACCUCAGGUCCUCCGGCUGCACCUUAAAAGAUUCAGGUGGUCUGGCCGUAACCAUCGAGAGAAGAUUGGGGUCCAUGUCGUCUUUGACCAGGUAUUAACCAUGGAACCUUACUGCUGCAGGGACAUGCUCUCCUCUCUUGACAAAGAGACCUUUGCCUAUGAUCUCUCCGCAGUGGUCAUGCAUCACGGGAAAGGGUUUGGCUCAGGACACUACACAGCCUAUUGCUACAACACAGAGGGAGGUUUUUGGGUCCACUGCAAUGACUCAAAGCUGAAUGUAUGCAGUGUCGAGGAAGUAUGCAAAACCCAGGCCUACAUCCUUUUUUACACUCAAAGAACAGUGCAGGGCAAUGGAAGGCUCCCAGAAACCCACCUCCAAGCUCAGGAAAUAAGGCCUGCUGCAGGAACAGCUGACUGGGUUUGCCUCCCUUGGUCUAGCGUGGAAGGUGCCAGGGGAUCCAGGGCCUCUCCUGAGAUUUGGAGCUACUUUCUUUUGAAUGGAUUUGGGAAUAACUUCUAUGAAGAUCCUUCCAUCUGUCGCUUCUGAAUUUAGAAGGAUCUGGGUAACAAGGGAGCAGCAUGAUCGUGUCCAGCCAGGAGGGCUGGAUCCAGCGUGCGAUUCCCCUGCUCAUCAGGACCUCCCUGCAGCACAGCAGAGCCUUUCCUGUGUGAGAAGUCCUGGCCAGAGCGUGAGGAGGACCCUGGCUGGGAGUGCUUCCAAGGUGGGCAGUGAAGUGUAAGGAUUUAUUCCCACAAGACUUGAAGACUUUCUUUUAUAGAGGAUAACAGUUGAAGAAUGAGAGGCACAGAGCAAAUUUCUCCAUGAAAAGUGGGAGGUUUUCACAUGCCAUUCCUUCCCUACCUGGUGCUAUUAAUU